ACUGACCCCCCCUCGAGAAUUUUGAUGGUACUAACAAUAAGAAGGUCGGGACGCAACUCGUGAAUUCGUGCUCCUUAUUUAUUUGGAGAGGGUUAAUUUUUAUUCAGUUAAAAAUGCCAAGAAAAACUGGCAAGACUCGUGGCUGGAGUGGCCAAACUUAUCAGCGACACGAUAAUCCUGAAAGAAAGCAGCACUUCGGUCAUGAUGACAGGACGCUAUACUCAGAUCGGGGUCCAAGACCAAGGGUGUCGUUCAAAAUGUCACGAAUUGGUAAAGGUGGUCGAGGAGACCGAAAUGAUAGGGAUAGACGAAUAGAUAUGGAAACUGCUGUCAGACGACACUUAGAAGAUGAUGUGGAUAUGGCUAGUGAAGUUAGUCAAAGCCGCUUUCGAGGAGGUGUAAGAGGUGGUUUGAGAGGAAUUAGUCGAGGACGAAGAAAUAGUCCAGUACCUCUAAGAGGAGGGGGUGGACCUAGACAAAUUCAAAGGAAAUUGAAUCUUGCUCCUGGAAGCUGGUAUAAAAUCAUGAUUCCAUAUGCAGCCAAAUAUGAAAAGAAAUAUGUACUAGAAACGUUGUUGUCUCAUAUUGCUCCAGAGAUAUUUGUUCCAAUCAUGUAUAAAAUUGAAGGAAACAGUGCAUGCUUUUAUGUCGAUGACUUAAAAGUAGCAAAUAAACUGUUGUCAUGUGAUCGUCAAAUAACCGCAACUGAUGGAUUCAAAUUGGGGAUCAAAGUAAGAGCUGGUUUUCCACAAGUUGAAGUUGAUCAGCAGCUGAAAGAUCGCAUUAAAGUUGCCAUGGCAAAGCGUUAUGUAGCUACCACAAAUGCCCUUGACCUGUCUGAGUUUCACAGAGAUCCAGAUCUUUGUCAAGAUGUUUUUGUUGCUUUGUUUCGACCUACUAUAUUACUGGCUGUGAUGGAUAUAGUUGCUGAGCAUACACCAAACUUAGAGGCACUAAACUUAGAUGGCAACAAAUUACAGAACAUUGACAGGCUUGGCGCGGAAUUGCAUAAAAAGCUGCCUAAUCUGACAAUAUUAUACCUGGGCAAUAAUCGAAUUCGAGAAUUAAAAGAAAUAGAUACACUGAAGCCAUUGAAGCUGAAAGAGCUGCGAUUAAUGGGUAAUCCACUGUGCGAUAAAUAUAAACAUCGACCAGAGGACUUUGUGAGUGAUGUAAGGAAGCGAUUUCCCAAACUGCUCAAAUUGGAUGGAACGGAACUGCCACCUCCAAUUGUGUUCGAUGUGGCAGGAGAUAGUGAGGGAGUAAAAUUGCCACCAUCGCAGAGAGCAUUUGCAGCUAAUAAUGAUGCACGUCAAGUUGCAGCAACUUUCCUUCACCACUAUUUUCUCAUAUUUGAUGGCGAUAGCCGUCAGCCACUCCUUGAUGCAUAUGACGAACAAGCAUCUUUCAGUUUGACUAUUUCGUGCACACAUGACAACUUGAAUAGAUAUAGUAAAUACCUGCCGCACAAUAGAAAUUUGUUCAGAGUUAAUGACCGGGAAAGAAGACAAAAAUUAUUGAAACAAGGCAGAUUACCGGUGGUUUCGUUCUUAUCUGAAAUUCCAAAGACCAAACAUUUUCUGAACACUUUCUCCAUGGAUCUCAGUUUAGUUACGGAAGUGAUGAUGGUUGUUACCAUAACAGGAAUAUUUCAAGAAGUGGACACUGAUAAAAAACCGCUUCGUUACUUCAGUAGGACAAUGAUUAUUGUUCCCCAGGGAUCGGGUUACUGCAUUCGCAACGAACAGUUGCACAUUACCGGACCGACGGAGGCACAACAGAAGCAUGCCUUGGCAGAAGUUAAUUCUGUUAAUGUCAACGAGAGAAUAGGGGGGUCUAACGAACCAACAAAGGAACAAGAUACACACCUACAAAUGGCAAUUGCGCUGAGCCAGCAGUCUGGAAUGAACCUCGAAUGGAGUAAAAAGUGCUUAGAUGAAGUACAGUGGAAUUUUGAUUCAGCCCUUGCUGCAUUUAGAAGUUUUCACCAAUUGGGACAAGUUCCACCUGAAGCAUUUCAAAAUUAAAUGAGAGCAUUCCUCACGCUAGACUUACGUCAACAAUAUUUGAUUUGUUCAUUAAUCAUGUUCGUGCUACAAUCACGAUCCUCGUAAUGUGUAUAUACAUAUAAUUAGUACAACGGUACAGAUUUGAAUAAAUAUAUGUUUUCUACA